UCAAAUUUUUUCCUCUUUGUCAUAGAUUCUUCUGUGCAAAAAUAUUUAGCACAUGUUCGUGCAGGACUUGUGAUAAAGUCUGCAGUCGUUCCAGUCGUUCCCUAAACAAAGGAUGUACAGAGUAGAAAAUGUAGCAGUUGGAAGUAUUUCAGAUGAAACAUUGCUUGUAGAUUAGUGCACUGGGAGGAGGAGGAGGACAUUUUGGCAGUGUUUCUUUCUCUCGGACCCGCUCGGAUGAUGGUGAUUCACGGCUUCCUGUGUGCUGCUUUUUCACCCCUGUUCCAUAUCUGUAUGAAUAAGCUGACACAACCUCAAGCAGAGGAGAGGAACUCGUGUUUCGGAUUUUAUCACCAAAGGUUUGAUUUGUAGGCUUUAAUUCAGGGCUCAUAUUCAUUAUUCACUCUCGCCUUGAAAUGACUGCAAAGCUAUAAUUUGCGAGAUAUAAAAUGAGAUCACUUACAAAAGGACGCCUUUCUGCUUUCCAUUAUGACGCCUUGGAGUUCAAAUCAAAAUCAUGAUCCCAUUUUACACUCUGGAUUAUUAUACUACACCCAGAUAGUACAUUAUAAUAAUAAUAAUAAUGAUGUUAAAUCACAAUUUCUACUGAAUUCUUAAUUCUGAUUUGUUAAUUCAUGAUAGAAGCUUGUAGUGCAACUGCAAAGCACAUGUACAGUAUUGUUUCUAUAGGAAAGUCUCAUGUAUGGGAUUAAUAUGAUGGACAUCUACAUCCAUCUAACUGUCCUACACAGGGUCACAGAUGAGUGUAGAGCAGGAAAUUUUGGAGCACAAAGCAGGCAACUUGCUGUCCAAAGUACCAGCACAUCAUGGUGUUGCUGUUUGAUCAUUCAGAAGUUUGGAAGUUCAAUUCCCAGCACCAAGAUUUCACUUGAAGACGGCCCUUAAACCACGCUAUAAAUGUAAAUGGGUGGCAAAUGCCACACAUGAAACUGGACCUGGAGGCUUGAAGAAAACCCCUAAAGAACAUGGAAAUACCAGAGACAGGAUUUGAACCCUGACCCCAGAGGCGAACAUGGUAAUGUACAGACAGACUCGAAUAUGGAGAGAGUGUUCUAUCUCUGCUUUGGAGCUGGAAUUUACUUCCUGGCGUGUGCUGAGACGAUUCCAUGGACAAAGAAGCAAUGCUUAACUAAUGCAGAUGGUUCUGACUGUAGUGGUUUGGCCCUGCAGCUCAUCCCGGAUGAAAUCCCAGACUCCAUCAAAACUCUCGAUUUCAGCUUCAACUUCCUCCCAACACUGUACAAUUCAACUUUCCAGAGACUCAGGAAUCUAGUUUCACUGGAUUUAACAAGGUGCAGCAUUAAUUUCAUCUACGAUGACGUCUUUCGAUAUCAGUUCGAUCUCGAGACUCUCAUUUUGGUAGCAAACCCGCUGAGCUUCAUAUCAGACCGUGCUUUCUCAGGACCCCUGGCCAUAAAAUACCUCGGUCUAGCCGGUUCAACGAUAAACAGUCUUAUGGACAUCCCAACCGACCAUCUUGAUUUUUUGGAGACUCUGGAUCUUCGAGGAAGCGACCUUCACAGCUUAGACGGCCUGUUGAAGUUACCACGGCAACAAUUAAAGAGGCUUAUUUUUGAUUUGAAUUUGAUUGAGAACAUUAGAGCAGCAGACAUGGAGACACUCCGUGGGACAAGAGACCUGGAGGUCAGCUUUAAAGGAAACAAUCUUGUUGACGUUGAAGCGGGUGCUUUUCAGAACUUAGACUUAGGCAGCCUGGAUUUUAGUGGCUGCUUCGACAAGAUGCAUAUUUCUAUCCUGCUGAAAGGGUUAGAAGGAGUGAGAACGAAUAAACUGCACUUCGGGUUAUUCGAGGACAGCUCUAAGGGCUACAUCAUGCCGUCGGAUCUUCAGUUCUUCUGUAACAUAUCCGCCAUCGAUGUCAGUUUUCAGAUGCAAUAUUUUCCAGGUCUUACAAAUGCAAGUUUUGAGUGCUUUGCAGAAAUUCAGAAGUUAGACUUCACCAGAGCGCACCUUUCCAGAUUUCCAUCCAACUUGAGCAACCUGUCCAUGUUGUCUCACCUGAUACUGGAUAUGAAUUCUUUUACGAGCGUGUGCGACAUUAAUCCAAUGAACUUCCCCUCAUUGACGCAUUUAUCCGUGUCUAGAAACUCAGAAUAUCUUCACUUCAAAGACAACUGCUUGGAACCUCUGUCCCAUCUGGUGGAGCUCCAACUGAGCCAUAGUAAUUUGAUGACUGGGGAUGUUUGCUGUAACAAACAACUGGCCGGCCUCCGAGAACUGAAACUGCUAAAUCUCAGCUACAACUUCCUCAUGAAGUGGGAGCCACUGCCGUUUAACGCAACCCCAAACCUCGAGCAUCUCGACUGCACCAAAACCCAAUUCCUCCUCAGCAGCAGCUCUCCGUUUAUCAAACUGGAAAACCUUCAAACUCUAAAUCUCUCAUUCACGCACCUGAAUCUGUCACGCAAUGCUCAGUUGCUGAAAGGUCUGUCCAAGCUACGAGAGCUACACCUCCGAGGGAACGCUAUACAGGGUGGAGUUCUUGCCAAAACAGAGAACUUUGAUUACGUUCCUCUUUUAAAAAACUUGCACCUGUCUUCUUGUGGAAUCGCGCAAAUCAGAGAAGACGUCUUUAAAAACCUCGCAAAGCUCCAAUAUGUAGAUCUGAGCGAAAAUCAGCUGGCUGUACUCAGCCUUGCGGCUUUCUACUCGUUAAACCAGAUCCAACUCAACUUUGGCAGCAAUAAAAUCAUGGUCGUGGACGUCAAUGUUGUUAAAGACUUGGGGACAAGCAGCAGCAUUGAUCUGAGCUCCAACCCUCUGGCCUGUGAUUGCACCAAUUAUCAGUUCAUUAUGUGGGUUAAAGACAAUGUUAGGAAGAUGAAACGCGUAGGCAAAACGGUGUGUGACGCCACGGCAGAGAGGAUUGUAGAUGUAGAUCUGAAGUGCGUCUCUUCAAGCCGAGCGUUAGGGAUUGUCCUCGGAAUUGCAAUAACAAUUGCGCUUAUAACAGUUCUGGGAUAUUUUGUAAAGAAAGGUCAGUCACAAUACAGGCCUUACUCAAGACUGUAGACAUACUGUAUAAAAUAUAUUUUUUUCAUAAGGAAUUAUACCUAAGAUUACAUGCUUUUAAAAACAUAGAAAUAAAAAAAUUCAUACCCUGUAACAUAGCUUGCUAAUCCCUGAUCUUAAUUAAAUGAUGAUUAAAUUUGCAAUAGCUAGCUUGCCACUACCUGCUUUUAAUUCAAAUAUAUAAUGCUGAUAUUCAUAUUUUAUAGAUUAGUUCGUUUGCUUGUAUCUUGAUUUAAGAUCCUUAGAUUGACAUCUUUACAACUUUCAGCUUUCUAGUACUCGUUUUUAGUUCAAUGAUACUCAUAUUAGCUUGUGCUAACCUCCUUUUAAUUCAAUUAUAUGAUACUUAGAUUGACAUUAGCUUUCUAUUCCCUGUUCUUCAAAAAACAAUGCGUAGAAUUGCUUUAUCAAUUGAUGCUCGUUACCUAGCGUGCUAUUGCUCGCUUUCCUAAUGCUUUCCUUAAUGAAGCAUUGCUAGCUUGCUAGUACCUAAUUGUUAAAAUUAAGCUUAGCCUAACAAUAGUUAGCUGGCUAAUUGUAACAAGUUGUAAUUAAAUGAUCAAUAGAUUUUUAAUCGCUCGUUGUUAGUGCCUGUUUUUAGUUAAAUGAUGAUUAUAUUAGCUUGGUAGUGAUGUGUCUAAUUAAAUGAUGCUUAAAGUUACAUUAGCUAGUUUGCCAGUAUCGGUUGGGGAUACAAGUCCCUGAACUGUCGGGCCCUUGAGCAAGGCCCUUAAACUUCUUAGCUCCUGGGUUAAGGUAUUAUGUCUGAUCUCAGCUUUCUAACCAUUUAGGAUAUUCGAUGAAAGAAUAAAAGCCUUCUUUUUUUUUUUCUCUAUACAGUCCUGUUUCUCCAUCUGUCUGUUUUACGUUACAAAAAAGUGCUGAUGUCAUGAAGUUUGGCACUGUUUACCCAGUUUACCCUGAAACAGUAUUUUUUUUUCAUAUUCCUAAUUGAACCGCACUAAUAAUUCAACAUGUUACUGAAGUAAACAUAUAAUAUUGUGUCCUUUCAAUAACGUUCUAAAAAAGAUUUGUUUUACAUUUAUUUUAAAUAAAUAAAAAAAAAAAAGCUGAUUGGUGAAUAAUUUCAACAAAAACAACAUGAAUUUGAUUCAAGGCUUCAUUACAGAACCCCGUCCCCGAUCAUUUUCUUUUCUAUUUGAUUUGAUUUAUUACUAUAUAAAAGUGACCAGCUAUAACUGUUUGAACAAAAGUGGAAUAAUUUUUUUUUAUUGAUUUUGUAUUCUGCAUUUUUAUUUUGUAAAUAUUUUUUAAUAAAAAAAAACACCUGAUACAAGAGUAGAGGUUGGAAAUCAGGCAAAUCUGAUACCCGUGUUUAUAAUUGCAAAUAAAGCAUGUGUCAUGUCAUAAAAAAUUGUGUCAUGUGAUCAAAUAAACUGUGUUUAUAUUAAUGAAUUAAAUAAAUUUUUCACCUGGGCUUUUCUUCUGUUGCAUCACGGCUGUCCAUACAUCGAAAUAUGUAGAGAUAUUUGUUAUCCAUCUUAAGUAAAUAUAAAUGUUUUUCGUGUAGGGAUA